AGUAUUGUGAGAGAUUUUCAUGUGAACGGUCAUCUCUGUUUACGGAUUCACAUCUUGAUAUCGCAUACACAACACAUUCGAAUUGAGUGCGUGCUGGUUUAUUUUGUUUUCGCACUGUGCUAGUGAGAAGAGAUUUUUUUGCUUGACAAACGACAUAGAAACAGCGAGAGAAAAAAAAAUAAAUAAAAACAACACAAACAGGACUCCCGUCUCGAAUCGCAACAAAAUAAAACUUUUUUUCUCUUGUUGUCGUUAAAUCAAUUUAAACCGAACGAAGAGAGAGGGAAAAUUCAGUGUAAAGAGAAAAAUAAAAUAGAAUUGUUGGUUGUUCUUUAUCGUGCAGUGUGUGGUGUGUACCAUUUAUUUGGUGUGUUUGACUUUUGACGUGUCCGUGUUAACGGUGUUUUUUUUGUCUUCUCUCGUGUGCGUGUGUGGUACGAUUUCAUUCGAUUUAUAUGAACAGCCAGAGCCCCAUAUGCGAAACGAACCGAACCAAACAAUGUCACAUGUUAAGGCUGUCAAAGCAAUUUUGUUUCGGGCAAAUUAUGUACGUGUAAUAUCCAUUAUGAUUAACAAAAUUAAACGACAAACAAGCGAAGCAUAAAAUUAUCCAUAUGAUAGACGCGAGCAAAGUGUCAACUAGAUUUAGCAGUGUCAGAAACAGCGGCAACGGCAUUCAAUUUACUGCACAAUAAUUUAGAAAGAGAGAGGGCGCAUAGAGCGAGAGCGAGAGAGAGAGAGAGCGAUCAAAAGUGUGUGAGACAACGAGUCGGUAUGAAUGUGUCUGUGUAUGUUUUCAAUGGCAAUAAAAAGCCCGAAAGCACAGUCACACAUCAACACAAAUGGGUGGAAAAUGCACAUAUAAUGGAUAAAUAUGACAACGAUGAUGAUGAAAAUACAGGAAACUGAUGACAUGACACCCCGAGUUGAUCGCCAAAAUACAACACAAAAAAGCGAAAACAACACAGCCAGCGAAUAAUAAAACCAAAAAUAAAAUAAAUUAUACUGCUCUAAUUAAUGCUAUUAGGCAUAAAAGCGACGUAUCAAACCAAAAGCAGAACGAAUAUUGAUGCCCGUUCAUCCAUCAAAUUAUUUUUGACGGCCUAUUUUUAUACCGCACAAAUUGUACACAUACGCGUGUUGUCGGCAUUUCUGAGCUGCUGAUCUGAAUUGAUAGCUUUGGACGAACGCAAUUAAAACUGAACCGAAGUGGACUGAACUGAAGCGAAGGCGAGACGAAGCAAAUCGAGAAAAGAGCAUCACACAAGGGCAAAAUCAGAGAGUGUGAGUGAGAGUAAAAGAGAGAGUGGUGUUAUUGUCACACUGUCAACGCGUUAGAGCGCUGUGUCCAUAUGAAGAUUUUAUGGGAACCGUUUUCAUUUCUGACAACACCGUUCGUUCGCCUCAGCACCCGUCCCAAACCACAUCGCUAUGUGAUUGCAAUUGCAGUAUUCACUUUAUUGUUUGCACAAUGUGUCUCCCACAAUUCAACCGUUGAUCAACCGAAUGACAAUGUCGACGACAACGUCGACGCGACACAUAAGAAAUGGUUGAAUGACAAUCAUGCACACCACCGCGUUGCUGCAUUGCCACAGGCACAUUCAGAUGCCAGAGUUGCGAUAUCCAAACGACAAUCACCCACCAAAAUAUCCAACUCAUCGUCAUCCGGUCGAACGUCCUCGAGGAGGUAUCGUUCAACUGAUGCUCCUACGCGUUUGUUCACACAUGACGGAACGAGCAGCAGCAGCAGGAGGAGGAGUAGUAGUAGCCAUCAAACAACUUUUCCACCGUUCGCCACAACAAAAUUAGCGGCGACAGCGAAGAUGACGACGACGAUGACGAAAAGAACAACGAAAGAAAGAAGACAACAACAACCAUCACCGGCUCCAACAAACAAUGUGUUGAUCUUAAUCCAAACACACAAAAAUAUCGAACUAAAUCUUGUACGUGAUCAAUUUCAGCAAUUCACUGAUAUGUUUGGCGUGCAGCUAGCAAACAUAACGAUUGAUUUUGAUGCCAUAGACGGUAUCAGCACCCUUAUCAAACGUCUGGAUACACUAAACUAUUCAAGCGUAUAUUACAUGCUGGACGAAAAUUAUAUCCGAGAUUUUAGUGGCAAUUGUGACACAUUACAGCAGCUAUCGUCCGUGUAUCACAAGCAAAUUAUCUUUUGGCCAUGUCCACAGAUGAAGAAAUCGGAACGUUAUCUGCCAUCGUUUCAGACGAUUGCGUAUGCGAUCAAAAGUGCUUCACAGAAAUUCAAUUGGACUGAAGCGAUUAUUUUUGCUGAUAACGAAUGGGGUUUACCAUUGGCAAUAGCAGCGAAUUUACAUUUUCCAUAUCGUAUUAAAAUCGGUUUGGAUGAUUCCACCGAUUUUCAUAAUAUGGAUGCAUUUGAUAGACUGUUCAUUAUCACAUCGUCGUUAAAUUCGUAUGAAACAUUAACCCUGAUGCAACAAUUGAGCGUUUAUAAUCGAUCGAAAAUCUUAAUUAUUGACAUAAUCGGCAACGUUUUCAAUAACCACAGUGAAUUUUAUAAAACAAUCAAUCAACACAAAGGAAAUCGUUUGACGCAAAAUUUACUGGUAUUGACAACGUUGACAGCCAAUCUGAAGCGAUUUCUCAAUGCAACAUUCACCACGGAAUUUAAUAAUAUCUAUGGCAAAAUGAGCGAUGAACCAACGGCGGCUGUAUUCGCAAUGAAACCCCCUACAUCGAGUACAGUGGACGACAAUGACGACGACGACGACGACGACGACAAAAACAGCGAUGUGAAUGUAAGCACAGUUAUUAAUUUGGUGGAACAGCGAUUGAAUGAUUACCACGGUCCACGCACCGCAUACAAAAGCGUUGAUGAUAAUAUUCUAGUGCAUUUUAACGAAAGCGAAUUAAUUUUAAUUGCAUCUGUUUUGGAAAAGUUGUACAACGACAGUUGUCGUUUGGCAACGGUGGCCGCGAUACACGCGGAAAGUGUGUCAAACGGAGCGGUAUCUUCGCAUGAUGUGCACAAUAAAACAAAUAAAUUCGUGAAAUUGGGCAAUGCCACUCGUGCAGAUGGUGUGAGCGAACCGCUUCCAAUGUGUGCUCCGAAUAAUAAUACAAAUAGUUUUUCGAAAUGUGAAAUGGUUUUGCGCGAGCGAACAGCACUGUUCGCUAAUAGUACACGUACGAUGGAUAUUACAAAAGUUUUAUGUGCGCAAAUACAAUUAUGGCGGCAACGGAAUCCAACGUUGCUGCUGCUGUUGCCAUCACCAUCACCACCACCACUCCAACGGCAAAAUAAAAAAUCAAACAGUGUGGCAAAUAUUUUGAAUAGAAAUGUAAACAAUCUUGGGAAAAAUCGAACCACCACCGCCGCUGCCGCCACAACAACCAGCACCGCAACUGAUGUAGAUGGUCGACCGAACGACGAUGGAUCGCAUGCAAAUCUGACUUCCGCUACGAGCAGUGAAUCUGUAAAUUUGAUACCAAAUCAACUUGAUGCCGAAUUCAGUGAAUAUUUUCCAUUUUUCGAUUUUAUCGUAACGAAACUAGUGCUAAGUCAUAAUUUAACUGUCGAUUAUAACAACCAAAGCGGUAGAAGUUUUGUAACUGCUGCACCAAAUGGUUCGGCAACGGCGUCGCCUGAAAAUACGUUCGAUUUUUGUAUGCUUGAGCUCCAUCGGAGUCAGGCAAUUUCGAUAGACGGUGAAAACGUUGGCAACAAUAACAAUAGCGAUGCUACUUUGAAUCGAACACACAUCACGACCACAUUUGUAUGGCGGCCGGUUCUUAUUUUAAGGCAAAAUGAACUCCAUCAGAACAUCUUUGUCACCCAUCCGCUGUUGCCAUAUCGAUAUCCGAGCUGGUUUUUUGACAAUACACAUAAAUUUUGGACGUGUGGCUUGUUGUGUUGGAUUUUAGCUGGUAUCGUUGUAUUGUUACUCGUUUGUAUUUUGGUGGCGAGCAUCACGUUCGGUUUGGCAAUUAGAAAUUAUUUGCUGAAGAAGCGACUAUCGAAGGGUCCCAAUAAAAUUGUUCUGUCGGCCGCCGAUUUCGUUUUUCCGAUUGACGUGCGACGGGUUGAUGAAGGCAUUGAGGCAAUGCUGUGCUGCUGGUUGCAGCAGCUGCAAGAGUUUGGCGGCCCGGAGGUGGACAAACCGGAUUUAUUGAAAGGUUCGAUUGGAUCGUUGAAAAAUCUUGGCGUCGUGAAUAACACAUCAUCGGCGGCUGCGACUUCGACCACAACAUCGACCGCACCAGCUGUUACCACCACCACCACCACGACAACAGCCAGCAAUAUGAAAUCUAACGUUUCAACAACGGGCAGCAUUAUCAAGCAUAAUCCUUGCCUUGAUAAACGAGCGCGCUACAAUGGUGAUUUAGUGCAACUGAAGGAAAUGCCAACGGGUGCAUCAAACGAACUGAAAGCUAAAGCAAUGGACCAUCUGGUAAUGGCACAUGGACUGCGACACGAGAAUAUAAAUCCCCUGAUCGGUUGGCUAGCGGAUCCGUUACGCACCGCAAUGGUGUUCGAGUAUUGUUCGCGUGGUUCACUUCAAGAUGUGCUUAUCAUGGACGAAAUUAAAUUAGAUUGGUCAUUUCGUUUGAGUUUAUUAACCGAUUUGGUGCGUGGCAUUCGAUAUUUACAUUCGUCGGGGAUGCGUGUACACGGUGCGUUAACAUCACGAAAUUGCGUCGUUGACGCUCGAUGGGUAUUGAAAGUCACCGACUAUGGACUCAACCAAUUCUACGAGGCACAAGGAAUACCACCACCAACAAAAUCAGCCAAACAAUUGCUAUGGACAUCGCCAGAGCUGUUACGGAAUCCGAAAGGCAACAACAAGUUUGGCACACAAGCUGGCGACGUGUAUUCAUUCGGAAUAAUAAUGCAAGAGGUGGUCGUGCGGGGUGAACCAUAUUGUAUGCUGUCAUUAUCAGCUGAAGAAAUAAUAUCAAAGUUGAAAAAGCCACCGCCACUGAUUCGACCGUCCGUAUCGAAGGGAGCUGCACCACCCGAAGCAAUCAAUAUUAUGCGUCAAUGCUGGGCAGAAACGCCCGAUAUGCGACCCGAUUUCAAUUCUGUUUACGAGCGAUUUAAGGUGUUGAACCAUGGACGAAAAGUGAAUUUCGUCGAUACAAUGUUCCAAAUGCUGGAGAAGUAUUCCAACAAUUUGGAGGAGCUUAUCAAAGAACGUACCGAACAAUUAGAUAUAGAGCGUAAAAAGACUGAGCAAUUACUGAAUCGAAUGCUUCCAAGUUCCGUUGCGGAAAAGCUGAAACUCGGUUUGAACGUUGAACCUGAAGAAUAUUCAGAUGUAACGAUUUACUUCAGCGAUAUUGUUGGUUUUACAACAAUCGCGGCAUACUGUAGCCCCGUGCAAGUGGUCGAUUUGCUGAACGAUUUAUACACGUGUUUUGAUAAUGUUGUUAAUGCGUAUAGUGUGUACAAGGUUGAAACGAUAGGGGAUGCAUACAUGGUUGUUAGCGGCUUACCAGUUCGCAUUCCCGAUCAUGCCGAGCAAAUUGCAACGAUGGCAUUGGAUUUGUUGCAUCAAAGUGGCCGUUUUAAAAUAAAACACUUGCCCGAAGUACCAUUACAGCUACGCAUCGGCUUGCACACAGGCCCGUGUUGUGCCGGUGUGGUGGGAUUAACAAUGCCUCGAUACUGUUUGUUCGGUGACACGGUAAAUACGGCCAGUCGAAUGGAAAGCACAGGUUCUUCGUCACGAAUUCACUUGUCGGAAGCAACGCGCGAUCGAUUGGAAAAGGCUGGCGGUUACCAUAUCGAACCACGCGGUGGAAUCGAAAUCAAAGGAAAAGGCAUCAUGAACACGUACUGGCUGUUGGGCAAAAAAGGAUUUGAUAAAGUGUUACCGAUGCCUCCGCCAAUUGGUGAGUCGCACGGUUUAGAUGAAAAUUUGAUUCAACACUGUAUUCGGUCAAAGCAAAGAACGAAAACACCCUGUAUCAGUACAACGCAUUCGUCGAGUCAAUCGUCAUCGUUGGCCGGUGAACCGGUCGAUGUAAAAGUGGAAAUAACACCUCCACGUGAUGCUGAAUCGGUACAAGUGCCAAAUUCCUACUCCAUCGAUUCGGCACCAACGAAUUUGGGUUUAAGUUUGUCCGAAUUCAAAACACCCAGUCCACAACAACGUAAGCUAUCCGAACUCCCAACAGAGACAUUGCUUAAUGCAGCUGCGAACUUUGGUCGUUUAACACCAUCACCGUCAAGUGCGUCAUCGUGUAAAUUGUAUAAAAAAUUCGAAGAUUUUCUCGAUCUCAGCUCACCAUACAACCAUUAUCGAUGCUUAUCGCCAUCGGAAAGUAAUUUAACGCAAUGUCACGAUGGCAAAUAUAUUUAUGGUGCGGGCAAAAUGGACAAUAAACCAGGCUCAAGUCGAUUGUUACGACGUCAAUUCAGUUUGGACAAAGACGAUUGCCAAAAUAAUGGUGGCGCUGGCAGUGGCGCUGGCGGAGGUGUUGGUGGUGGUGGCGGCAGCAUCAGUGGCUUUCCAGCUCAAUCGAGUGCCGCCAUUACAAUUGCUCAAAUGAAAACCAGUCUGGAUGUGCCGUACAUGCAAGACAUGCGAUCAUCACCGAGUCCAACAAACAUCAAACCGGGUCGAUUGCACAAACAGAAUUCGGCAAGUGUUGCACAGGAUUUAGGGAAAAUCGAAGAAAUACCCGCAUCACCAACAUCAUGCAUAUUCAAUUAUCGUAGCACACAUUUAAGUCAAAUACCAGGCUCGGCGGCUGGUUCGCCCGCCUCGAAAAAACCAAAUGAUACACCAAAUGCAAAUCAAAUCUCAACCAUUGCAACACUCGAAUUACCGUCAUCCAUAUCGGACGCACCGUCAAGAGCCGUUUCACCCAUUUCGGCCAACACCAUUUGCAGCAACAGCGGUGACAGUAUCUCCGAGCACAGUAACAAUAACAAUGGAAACAUUUGCUUUCACAUUUAGACAAAUUUACAUGUGUGUGCGUUCGAUGAAAUCAAAGCAAAGAACUACUUACGUUUUUUUGCUGACGAUAAAAAUUGCCAUUUUCUUUUAUGCCAUGGGACAAAUAAGAAUUUUAUCUGUAGUAGUUACACAGUUUUAUGAAUAUUAACCCUUUUAACGUAGCAAAAAAUAAAUUUUCAAUAAGAAGAAGAAAAAAAAUAACGUCGUCGCUGUCUUCGCUCUCACUGGAUGACGAGCAAAUAGCGCACGUUCGUUCAUGUUGUUGUGAUACAUUUCUAUGAAUGAAAAUAUUUAGAAAAAAAACACCGGACAAAAUGGGAUUCGUUUUUUUUUCUUCAGAAAACUAGAGCCAAAUAAAAAAUUAUGUAUAGUUAUGAAAACAGAUGACUAUUACUACAGAUAAAAGUUUAUAUGUAUACAAAAAAGUAACGCCAUUGAUUUUAGUGCGCUCCUAGAAUGCAACACUUGACAAAAAAAAUCCUAUGGACUUUGACAGAUACCUAAUAUAUAGAAACUAAAUGAAAAUAACAAACUAUAUUCCAAUUUUAUUCGAAUAAUUCAUAAAUUUAUUCACCCGACGUUUUAUUGUAAAUUGUUAAUUGUUGACAAAUUUUUACCUGCUCUGAAUUUAAACCAUUGAGUUUAGCGUGUAGAAAAUGAACUGUAACACUAGAAAUAAAUGUUUAUGCUAGUCUAAAGAAAAAAAA